AGAUGGCCACAGUCGGGGAGGAGAGACGUCGCUAAGGGGUUGCCUGAGGCGAGAGGAGAUUGUGUUCAAAAGCAUGGAGUUUGCUGAGAAAGAAAAAUGUUUUGUUUGCUUUCUCCAAAAACUGGGAUUCUAACAUUUUCAGAAAAUCUUUUGGAAAGAACAAGUCUACUUCAAUAAAUGAAGGAGAAUAAAGAAAAUUCAAGCCCUUCAGUAACCUCAGCAAACCUGGACCACACAAAACCAUGUUGGUACUGGGAUAAGAAAGACUUGGCUCAUACGCCCUCGCAGCUGGAAGGACUCGAUCCAGCCACUGAGGCCCGGUACCGCCGAGAGGGGGCUCGGUUCAUCUUCGAUGUGGGCACACGCUUGGGACUACACUAUGAUACCCUGGCAACUGGAAUAAUUUAUUUUCAUCGCUUCUAUAUGUUCCAUUCCUUCAAGCAAUUCCCAAGAUAUGUGACGGGAGCUUGUUGUCUCUUUCUGGCCGGGAAAGUAGAAGAAACACCCAAAAAAUGUAAAGAUAUCAUCAAAACAGCUCGUAGUUUAUUGAAUGACGUACAAUUUGGCCAGUUUGGAGAUGACCCAAAGGAAGAAGUGAUGGUUCUGGAGAGAAUCCUGCUCCAGACCAUAAAGUUCGAUUUGCAGGUGGAGCAUCCGUACCAGUUCCUCCUCAAAUAUGCAAAACAGCUCAAAGGUGAUAAAAACAAAAUUCAGAAGUUGGUUCAGAUGGCAUGGACAUUUGUAAAUGACAGUCUCUGCACGACCUUGUCACUGCAGUGGGAACCAGAAAUCAUAGCAGUGGCAGUGAUGUAUCUCGCAGGACGUUUGUGCAAAUUUGAAAUACAAGAAUGGACCUCCAAACCCAUGUAUAGGAGAUGGUGGGAGCAGUUUGUGCAGGAUGUCCCUGUGGACGUUCUGGAAGACAUCUGCCACCAAAUCCUGGAUCUUUACUCACAAGGAAAACAACAGAUGCCUCAUCACACGCCCCAUCAGCUGCAGCAGCCCCCACCUCUCCAGUCUACGCCACAAGUGCCACAAGUGCCACCGCCCCAGCCUGCUCAAGGCUCCGACCCACCCCAGCCACAGCAGAAGGACGCGCAGCCACCCACCCCGCAGCCCCCGGCGCAGCAGGCCCCGCAACCCAAGAAGCCGUCCCCGCAGCCCAGUCCUCCCCGCCCAGCAAAGCGAGCAGUGGUUGUUUCUCCCAAAGAAGAGAACAAAGCAGCAGAACCACCACCACCUAAAAUCCCCAAAAUUGAGACCACUCACCCUCCGUUGCCUCCAGCCCACCCACCUCCAGACCGGAAGCCUCCCCUCUCGGCUCCCUUAGGCGAGGCGGAGCCCCCGGGUCCCGUGGACGCCGGUGACCUUCCCAAAGUACAGAUUCCUCCUCCGGCCCACCCGGCCCCCGUGCCUGGGCCUGCCACCGGCUAG